CUAGCUGAAGCUCGGAAAAAAGAUGCGCUAGAUCGAGCCAGAGUGCGUGGUGAGCAACCACCUGCUGAGUUGCUUGCUGAAGAGAGGGGUCUACAUUCUAGUAUUGAAGCAGAUGUAAAGAGUCUCUUGGAAGGGAAAACCUAUAGUGAAUUGGAAGCACUACAGUCCCACAUUGAGUCACAGAUGCGUUCUGGCACUGCCAAGGUGGUUGAGUAUUGGGAAGCUGUUCUCAAACGUCUCCACAUCUACAAGGCAAAGGCUUGUUUGAAGGAAAUUCAUGCAAAAAUGUUGCAGAAGCAUUUGGAGCGCCUUGAGCAACCGAUGGGAAGCCAAGAUACUUUGGAAGAGGAUCAGGAUUCUAGGCCUAUAGAGGACGAGCCUGAUCAGGAUGCUCUAGCUCUCUCUCCAGAACCCAUAUUGGAUGAAGAGUUUCACGAGGAAGAAGAGGAGGCUGGAUCUUUUUCGCCAGAGCUGUUGCAUGGUGAUGAAAAUGAUGAAACAAUUGACCCCGAGGAGGACAGGGCUAUACUGGAAAGGAAACGUAUAGUAGUUUUGGAAGAACAACAAAGACGAAUCCAAGAAGCAAUGGCUUCAAGGCCAACUACAUCUGAAGAUGACUUGGAGAUGAAAGCCAUGAAAGCUAUGGGAGCCAUGGAAGUGGGUGAUGCUGUAUUUGGCUCAAGUGAUGAAGUAAACCUUGAUUCACAGGUGUACUGGUGGCAUGACAAAUACCGCCCCAGGAAGCCAAAGUACUUUAACCGUGUUCACACUGGGUAUGAGUGGAACAAGUACAAUCAAACUCACUAUGACCAUGACAAUCCACCUCCAAAGAUCGUUCAAGGGUACAAAUUCAAUAUUUUCUACCCAGAUCUUGUCGACAAAACAAAAGCUCCUACUUUUACCAUAGAGAAUGAUGGAGAUAGUGCUGAGACUUGCAUUAUAAGGUUUCAUGCGGGCCCUCCUUAUGAGGACAUUGCAUUCCGAGUUGUGAACAAAGAAUGGGAAUAUUCUCACAAGAAGGGAUUCAAGUGCACGUUUGAACGAGGAAUCUUACAUGUAUAUUUCAACUUCAAACGCUACCGGUACCGUCGGUGA